GUUUCUUUUUCAUUUUUUUUUUCUGGAGAAAAAUGACAGAUAUUAGCAACUACGAGCUUAAAAGAAAGCUUAAUAUUCAAGAAAACGAAAACUUGUUAAAAGAGCUUGGCCUACACAACGAAGAAGGAAUAGCAGCUGAUAUACCAAAAUUCGAUGCUGGAAAGAAAAAGAGACGUACUCAAAGUUAUAAGAAAAAGACAAUUAUAGUAAGCACAAAAGUACCUUCACGACUCUCGAGACGUCUUCGUGGUGAAAUACCUGAAGAAAAUUUUGAAUUAAAUGAUAUUGUAGAUGAAAAUGACCGAAUUAAGCAAUUAGAAGUAGCAGAAAGAAUCCAGAAUGAGACAAAAACAGAGGAUGAAUUACCAACAGAUAUCUCUGUCCCUUUAACACUUAGAAGCAUUGGAACUACGAUAUGGUCACUAGGGGAAUUGGUGACUGGUGAAGGAAGAUCAAAAGCGUGGAGUAGUCGAGGAUGUAAAUAUAAACAUCCUUAUCCAGUAGGUUAUCGUGCUACUAAAUCGCAUUUCGGAAAUGAUUAUACCAUGGGCAUUUUACCUCCUGCAAAGGAAGGGGAGGGACCUGUCUUUACUGUUCAGCACAAGACAACUACAUGGACAGGACCAACUCCUACAGCACCUUGGACAGAAGCAUGUAUAAGAAGUAGAUCAGCUCAGACUCGUGUCAGUGGACCAUUAUUUUUUGGAUUCUCUGAUCCAUUGACAAUGAAACUGAUUGAAAGUAUGGAAGGUUAUGAUAAAGCGAGCCUACCAGAAUAAUUUACAAUGAUUUGAAAUAUCGCCUUGCAGCUGUAAUAUUCAUUCGUGUAGCAGAAGCUAAUAAAGAAUUAAAAGACAAUAGAUAACUUUGUGUUGUUUGUCAAUGAAUCAAACAAAAAAAAAGCUGUAAAAUGACUUCCUUUGAUCUCUUGUACAGAGGUUGAAUUGUUUAAUAAUGCUGCUAAUCUUUUCAAACCGAUGCCUAUUUGGAUGAUGUUGAUCCAAGCCUGUCGUUAUGUAAGUCCGUUUUUUUAUUAUUAUUAUUAUUA